GAAGGAAGAGAUGACAGGCUACUAUCCUUCGAUGUAUCUGCAGAAAGCAGGAGAGGAAAACGUGACCGAGAACAGUCAGCUGAGGAAUAAGGCAGCACCACCACGAAGGUCUAGCAUCGGCAACAUCAAAAGCAUCCAUAAUCAAAGUCGCAAGCAGAUCAGCCAGGAGACGUAUAGGCGGAACAGCGUGAAAUACAUACAAAGCAGAAAGAAGCUGAAGAACAAAAUCUUGACAAAACCCAGUAUUAUCGAGGAAACAAAUGAGAACGAUGAACCCAAGCCUGUAAUUCCUCCGAGACCCAGUAAAGAUUUGAUUCUGAUUCGUUGUUCUGAGAGCACAAAGAAAAAAAUGCAGUGAGGAAGAAAAGGAGGAAUUUAUCUCUUCGUCUUUGCUACCAUCACUAAAAAGAACUUGAGUUAUUUACAAAGAAUUGUCUGAGGAUCUCUGUUUUUGGAGGAGUUAUUGCAAACAAUGUCUAGUUGCAGGCAGCUCUUGUGUUCAGAGAGUAAUGAGCCUUUUUCUGCUUGCUUGACCAAUCUUACAGAGAAGACUUUAGAACAUAGAAUAAUAGCACGUGGCUAUUACAACUCUACAGUAUAUAAUUAUAAUUGCACAUAGAAUUUAGCACUGAUGACUUCUUACAAUUUUUUUCCAUAGAGUCUCUUAUUGUAUCAAGAGGGUAAAGCUAUGCUGAAUAGAGUUUAGUGUUAAAUCAGUUAAGUUUCCUUUCCCUUGAGUUUGUACGUUUUGCCCACCUAGCCUGCUUAAACAGAGUAUUUAUAACUCACAUACCUUGGUUUCUCUGAGCAUAGGUUGUUUUCCUGCAGAUGUUUCAUUACCAGACUUGGUAAUAUCAUCAGUGUAGGGGGCAGAAUGGACUUUGUUGGUGGUUUAUAUAAUAGUGGUCUGGUUUAUAUAAUAAUGGCCAGCCUUGCCAGUUGUGAUUGGAAUGUGAUUUCUUCCUUGAGCAAUCAACGACUUUAACUCUCACCUAUCACCAAAAAUACCAUGAACACAAUGAGUCGCUAGUUUAUGAUUCAAACGUAUUGUUUGAAUCCAGAAAACAGGCUAAUUCAGUAGUCAGGUUAAGUAUGUUGUAAGAAUUGCAUUCAUGCACCAUUCUUGGCCAUUUUAAGUCCUGAUAAUAGUAUUUUUCCUACAUUCUGAAUUUUCACUUCCAUUUAGUAUUUUGUUUGAGGGAUGUUAUUUGCCUGCGAUUUAGCUCCUUCGGUUAGUUUGUGUUCAAUUUGUUAAUUAACAUUAAAGGUUUUUGUAGUUUAUUAUAUAUGACUAAUUUCAUUGGGAUUGUAAUUUGUAAAUAUAUGAUGGCAUGUUUUAUUCUUUUUGCAUGUGUCUAACUACUGUUUAGUCCUCAUCUGAUAGUUUUUUUUUAAUUGUAAUUGUUUUGCUUUCUGCAAAUCUAGAAAAAAGAGUUUCCAUAGCCACAGAGUGAGUGGCCACAUAUGUCCAUAGAUGUUGUGAAUCUUGAUCAGUGGGAUAGCUGGCCCUAUAGGGCAGGCACAUACAUUGAGCUUAUGAUUAUUGAUUGUGAUGCACAAGUCUGUCAACUUAGUGUGUUUAUUUUCCAUGUGUCAAAGGUUGUUACCUUUGAGAUAGGUUGCUUUCUAAAAUAUGUUUUGGGUAGAUGGGAUCUUGCCUUACAUCCAUUGUAUUGCA